GCAGAGAAUUUCACAAUUCACACUAAUUACCCUUCUCUAAAAACCCUAAUAAUUAUUGGAUCAUACAUUCAAAAAGCCUUGAAAACUGUGAUUUUUUAUAAAAUUUUAUCUCUCUAAAAUCAGCCAAAAAAUCAUAAAAUGAGAGGGUGGAAGGAAUUAGGGCUUGUGGACACAAUCUAUGAAGAAGAAGACUAUGAAUUUUCCUCUUCAUCUCCUUCUAUUUCUCCUUCUAUUUCUUCUCCUCUCACACCUCUUCAUUCAAGAGUUCACUCAUGGUCACAGAAAACAGGAGAAAAGACUGAUGUUUUGAUAUAUGUUCAAGGAACUUGCUUCAAUCUGCAUAAGGACCCGCUAACGUCAAGGAGUUCAUAUUUAAAGCGUCAACUAACGGAACUCUCCGAAAUAACGCUUCCGUUAAACAUAACGGCCGAAAUAUUCUCUCUUGUAGCCGACUUUUGUUACGGUGCUCAGAUAAUUCUAACGCCGUUCAACGUAGUGGCGUUAAGAACAGCAGCGGAGUUGCUAGGGAUGACGGAGACAAGCAGUAAGAGCGGCGAUAACUUAAAGCAGAUAACGGAAACGUACUUCCGUCGAGUGAUCAGUGCUAACAGAGAGCUGGCGCAGAUUGUAUUCCGUUCGUGUUUGAAGUUGCUUCCAGAGGCUGAAACGACAGCGUUUUUGUUGAGCAGAUGCGUUGCAGCGCUGGAUUUUACUAGUGAUGACGAGGAAAUGGACGGAAUUCUGGACGACGUUAUUGGCUUAGGAGCCGAGGAAUUUGAAAUAGUCGCUGAGGCUAUGCAAUGCAGGUUUAGCAAUCACGAUUUGCUGUACAGAAUCGUUGACCUUUAUAUGCAGCAACAUAAUAGCAAGAUAACAGAAGAACAGAAGAUUGAGAUAUGCAAUUUCAUAGACUGUGACAAACUCUCACCUCAACUCCUACUCCAUGCAGUCCAAAACCCUAGACUUCCUCUCAGAUUCAUAGUUCGAGCUAUGUUAAUCGAGCAGCUCAACACUCGCCGCACAUUCUUCACCACCACCGCCUCCGCCGCUGCAGCCAACCACCACGCCAACACUAUUACAAAUCCCAUCACCACCACCUCCACCGCCACAACCCUUGGUACGAUCCUGCAAAGAGACGCAGCAAAACGUGAAGCGGCUCAGCUGAAAGCAGAAAUGGACUCUACAAGCUCACGAAUAAAAAUCCUGGAGAAAGAACUCGCCGGCAUGAAGAUGAUUUUGGAGAAAGCAGAGAAAGAUAGGGUUUUAAUGGAGAAAAAACUGUUGAUUGAUUCCGAUAAUAAUGGCGGAAAAAGUUUAAUCGAUUCGUCUAGAUCAGCAAGUUUUCAUUACGGCUCGAGGGAUUGUAUUAGUAGUAACAAGAUCGAAAAAGGCGAAAGAGGAUCGAGUUCUUUCGCAGGUUUUAGAGGAUCAAAGAUUGAGGAUAGUCCAAGAAUGAAGAAGAACAGUGGCAUGGGACUGAUGAGUAGAUUAAAAAGUAGAUUAUGGGUUUCAAAAUCUGCUUCGAAAUGCAAUUCUAAGAGCUGAUUUUGGACGUGUUCUUAAUUUUAGGAGUUGGUUUAACUUAUUUUUUUUCUUUUUUAACUUGUAUUUUUUGAUUGAACUUCAUGUUUUGUUGAUUGAGGUUAGAUUCUGGUAUAUUUUAUGGUUAUCAAAAUUCCACUA